CCGAGGUCGCGCUCACGUGUCCUGUGCGAUCUUUGUGAUCUUCCUGCGGGGCCACUGGGAACAGCACGUUAGCGGGAGGAAGCUCUCUCAACUAACGGCCCGUGUUUCAGCUCCCUGCAGAGCGCGGCGUUCACUCUCCAUCUCUGCUGGAGAAGCUCCUAUCGCUCCCCAGGCUCAGGAAUCUUGAGGGGCUUGUUCUGUGUGGGCUGAGACUCCACGCUCCCCACCGCUGGUGUCCUGGUGCAGCCCACGGAUUCUCACCUGAAACUGGGUGGCUGGGUGGCCUGGGAACACCUCCGGCGAACCAUCUAUGCUGGAAAGGAGCAGUUGCUCUAAGUACUGCUACUCUUUUAGAGACCCUUCUGUUAGUCCUGGUUCAGCAUCUCAACACAAGUACCACGUAUGCUCGUGAGUCAGUGGCUUCCUGAGUGUCCUACAGGAUCAUGAUCAGAAGAGGCUCGGUGGCUCUUGAGAACGGGAGUGGAGCUCCUGCCGUGGCAGGAGUGCAUCCACAUGAGAAUGUUCGUCCUGCCUCCCAAAAACAUAGCCAGUGCAGUCCGUGCAAAGUCAAACUUUCUUUGCAUCGAAUAAGUAUCUGAAAACUAAGGAUGUUAAGUUCAGAGACUCCAAGUGACUUGACUCCCUUGUCCUGAGGUGGUGCUGCAGAGCAUUGCUUGGAAGUAUCCUCUAGUCCUGCUGUUACUUUUUAUAGCUCAUCUUUCCCUUAUUUAGUAUUAGCCGAACUCUGCUGUGAUGCGAGCAGAGGUGUAACCUUAAUGUUGUUCAUAGAGAUACUUUCCUGGUAAAUAAUCCCACUUCUUGUUUUGUUUAAACAAGCUGACACUCAGGUCACAUACGUGUGGAGGGUGACCCACACCAUGUCAGCAGUGCUCAGCUCUGUGGAAGGGGUGCCCAGUACCUCAGAAGGAUUCUUGUGUGCCACAGCAGGAUGGACCGAUUGCCCCACGAUGGUGCAGUGCUGAUGUGGUACAACAGCUCAGCUCAGGUAAUAGUCCAUAACGUGAAUGAGCUGACGGAAAAGCUGUUUCCCAUUGUUGAAGCCAUGCAGAAACAUUUCAGCGCUGGAUCAGGGACCUACUACAGCGACUCCAUCUUCUUCUUGUCGGUUGCAAUGCAUCAUAUCAUGCCCAAAGAAAUAACACAGAUCAUCCAGGUAGACUUGGACCUGAAGUACAAGACUAACAUCCAAGACCUGUUUGAUGAGUUUGACAACUUCCCAGAGGGAGCAGUCAUUGGAAUUGCCAGGGAAAUGCAACCAGUGUACAGGCACACCUUCUGGCAGUAUCGCCGCGAGAACCCUCAAACCAAAGUGGGGGAGCCCCCUCCUGAUGGGCUGCCAGGCUUCAACAGUGGUGUCCUGCUCCUGAACCUGGAAGCCAUGAGGCAGUCCAAGCUCUACAACGAGCUGCUGGAGCCCACCAUGGUGCAGAAGCUGACAGAGAAGUACCACUUCAAGGGCCACCUUGGGGACCAGGAUUUCUUCACUAUGCUCCACGCCAGCGAGGUGGCCGCCGAGCGCGGCCCGGAGCUGCGGUCGGCGCCCGAGCAGAGCCCGCUGGAGGAGUUCCUGGCCACAGCCGAGCUCGCCGGCACCCGCUUCGUGGCCGAGCGUCUGAAUGCCCAGAUCGUGUCUGCCCAGAGUUGCACGGGCCUGCUCACGGACCAGGAGGCUCAGCGCAUCCGGCAGCUGCACCAGGAGAACCAGGAGUUCCUGCGCAUCCCACGGAGGCCAUGCUGGGAUAGAACAACCAGUGCAGAGGACUUGAAGCAAGCAGAGAGGGAGAGCUUCCUCGAGUGGAGGCGACAGCUUGCCCACCUUGAGGAAGAGAAAAAGUUAAUUCUAACCCCAUUUGAACGAAACUUGGAAUUUUGGCGUCAGCUUUGGAGAGUCAUUGAAAGAAGUGAUAUUGUAGUCCAGAUAGUAGAUGCUAGAAACCCCCUUCUGUUUAGAUGUCAAGAUCUGGAAAGUUACGUUAAGGAAGUCAGUAAUGACAAGGAGAACAUGAUCCUGAUCAACAAAGCAGAUUUGCUGAGUGAGGAGCAGCGAGCUGCUUGGGCACAGUUCUUUGAGAAGGAGCGUGUGAAGGUGGUGUUCUGGUCAGCAUUGGCAGAGUGUAAACGGCUGUCUGGAGAAGCAAAGGAACGGGACGCUGAAGGUGUAGCAGAGCACCUGAGUGAUUCUGAGGAUGAAAGCUCCAGUCAAGAAGAAGACAACACAGCACAAGGUAGCGCAGAAAGCACAUCCACAGACAAUGCUUUGCGAAUUGUAAACCAAGUUCUGCUUAGUGAUGAUGACAGCAGUGAUGAAUAUGAAGACUGUGAAGAAGAUGAAGAGGAGGCCUGGCAAACCUGUUCUGAAGAUGAAGAUGGGGACAACAUAAAUGCUAUUGUUCCAGAGAGGAUGGAAAAUAGGACUGAUGGUGCUGCAGUGCAGCAUGUAGUGCAGGAGCAGAACAGCAAUGUCAGGAACUUCAACCAUCUGGUACAGAGAAAUGAGCUGCUGGAGAUAUUCAAAACCAUGCACUAUGGACCAAGGGUGAAGGAUGGGGAAGUAAAUGUUGGGCUGGUGGGUUACCCUAAUGUUGGCAAAAGUUCAACUAUCAACACAAUCCUUGGAAACAAGAAGGUGUCAGUAUCUGCUACACCAGGCCGUACAAAACACUUUCAGACCCUGUACGUGGAGCCUGGCCUGUGCCUUUGUGAUUGCCCUGGUCUGGUGAUGCCAUCUUUCGUCUCUACUAAGGCAGAAAUGAUUUGUUCUGGAAUUCUGCCUAUAGACCAGAUGAGGGACCAUGUCCCACCUGUUUCUCUAGUUUGCCAGCAUAUCCCACGAAACAUUUUGGAAGCAACCUAUGGAAUAAGUAUUAUAAGGCCAAGGGAAGAUGAGGAUCCAGAUCGAAAGCCAACAGCUGAAGAACUGCUAACAGCAUACGGAUAUAUGAGAGGCUUUAUGACAGCUCAUGGACAGCCAGACCAGCCGAGAUCAGCUCGAUACGUAUUGAAAGACUAUGUCAGUGGGAAGCUGUUAUAUUGCCACCCACCUCCUGGUAUUGACCCAAAUGAUUUUCAGCACCAGCAUCAAAGAUGCCUGGAGAGCAGAAUUGUGCAGGCUACUGGACAGGUGAAGCCUGAGAAGAAUAACAAAGCAAAGCAGAUUGAAAAUGUGGUGGACAAAACGUUUUUCCACCAGGAGAACGUCCGUGCCCUCAUGAAAGGGGUCCGGGCUGCAAUGGGAUACCGGCCUGGCAGCGGCCUCGUGCCUGUGACUGCAUCCAGUUCUGGGAAUGUGGUAGGAAAGCCCUGGAAAAAACAUGGAAACAGGAACAAGAAGGAGAAAAUUCGCAGGAUCACCAAGCACCUGGAGGCUUAGCUGUGGCACUAGUACCGGGCUUUUCUAGGGCAGGGACUGCACUGUUCCACAGGCCUUAAUUGAGGGGUAAAAAAAAAAAAAAGGGUAAGUGGGCAUCAGUUGCUCACCUGGUAGCUCUGUGCUGUGGAUUGGCCUGGGCAGGGGUAAGGAUGGGCUCUGGUAGUUGGAGCUCAUCCCUUCUGGGAACAAAAGAGACCUGACUGUGUUAUCUGGAAGCCAGCCCAGAUGUUUGACUGCUGCUGAAACAUCCUUUCAAUGGGAGCAGAUGGAGCCAUGCGGGAGUGUUUUUUCCUUCCAUAAAGGAUAUAUUUUACGGCUGUCGCAAUCAGAGCAAGCCCUGACUAAAGUCUUUAUAAAGAGUUGAACUUCAAUGAGUGAUGUUUGUUACAUUAUGAGACACUAUUGCUUAUCUUCUUUUUUUUUAUCCUAUCUUUAAAGCUGGUUUAUUGAUUUGACAGAACACUUUAGUGUGUUGAAAAAUGAAGUAAAAUGAUCUUUAUUGCCCUCUUCCUUCUCUGCUGUGCCAGACCUGUUCUGUAGAAUCUGGUACUAAAACCACUCCUUAUUUCCCAGCUUGAGCAGAGCAUGGCACAACUGUGCAAGGAAAAUGCUGCUUUUAUGUCCUUCAUGCUGAGCUGGUAUCAGUUGUUUUUCUGUGUGACUUCCCACUGGUAUUUUAAAACAUUAGCUCCGUUUGACUGGCUAAAAUCUGGUGCUAAUUUGUCCCUAAAUAUAUUUGAGAUUUUUCUUCCUAUAUGGUAUCAUGUUCUGUCUCAUUGACCUAGUCACAGAAGUGUCUAUUAGCAAAUUUUAAUGGAGUACAUGACUAUAUCUGAUGCUAAAAAGACUUUACUUACUUGGGGUCAGACUUAAGUGAGAUAUACUUCUUAGCUGCCCUGCUGAGAAAAUGUUUGUGCACUUGCUCUUCAUUUCUAGUGCAGCACAGGGAGUAAUGAUAGGACUGGAAAGGCUCACAAAGAUGAGGCAUGCUUUGUUUUUAGGUGGUGGUGUAACAGAUGAUUGUGGUUUCUGAUACUAAAAAAGAGAUUGCUGUCUUGUAAUUUGUACUUUCUAAGCCUUAAGUGUGGAUGGAGAGAUGAAAGCAACUGCUGAGCAAAGCCACAGCAGAUCUGUGGUGUGCAACCAAUCUGGUUUUGGAUUUGUGACCCUUUGUGUGUGUGUCCUUUAAGCCAGUUUGCGCUGUGUGUGCGGAGGGUCCCCUGACAGCAGAGCUCUUGGCUUCUACUUCCCUUGGAGUUGAAUUCUUAAUUACAUCACUGCAAGGAAGAUAGUUCCCUACCUGCAAAAUUAAAGCAUAAUUACACUGAAUGAAUGUGGUCAAGGGUAUUUAAAUCAAUGUACUGUAGUGGAAGAUUAAUUCUUAGGAGAGACUAUUUAAUCUCUUUCUCCCAGCAAAGGUGAUUUUUGCCUUUGCUGAAGAGGUUAUGCCUUAGCCAAAUCACUCUGAUCCAACUUCUCCACCCUCCUUGCAGAAAGAUAUCUCCUUUGGUCCUUUAGGGACCUGAUUGCUCAGAAACACCCAUUUCUUUUUGUCCUGUCCUGUGUCCUGAAACUACUGCCUGUCAAAUUACCUGCCAAACUUAAGUUGGAGUAUCCUUUAUUGAAGUUUUGAAAUACUAUUUUUUCCCAUUUUUUUUCUAUUUUGUCUUUCUCUUUUCAAAGCAUUUUGAAUUCUUAACUCAUGUUGCACAUACCUGAGUUUUCUUUUGCAUUCUCUGCCCUCUCCUGUCAGCUGGAUCUCCAUGAGCCUUUUUGCUGGACAGGCUGUAUCCUGAUGUAGACCCUUCCCACUGCAGUGAGUGACAGAAAUCCCCAGGGCCUGAGACAACUGCUUAUUGCUUCUAGGAACCUUUGGCCAUGAGACCUGCCAAGUGACUUGCAGUGUUUGCAUGAGUGAAUGGAGGAUAAUGUAAAUACAACCAAGCAAAUACUGUUUGCUGAGGUUUGUUAAAUGCAAACUGCUCCAGGCUGUGCUCUUGCCUUGAUAGAAAAGGACCUAAAGACUGUUAAUAUUUCAUGCUGUUACUGAGCAGUGGGCAAACUAUACAGUAGACAAGGACCAUGGUUAAAUUAAUGCUUUCCUGUUGUGGUUUGGUGUGUUGCUGAUGCUGAACUGCAUCCCUUGCUGGGCAAUGCCAGCCAGGCCUGGCUGACAGCUCAGGGCAAAAACAUGCUUUGCAGUGUUUGUUUUGAGGAAAAGCAGUAUUUUUUUUCUCCAUCGAAGCAUCAUAGGUGAGCAAGUGAGAGGAGGGGGAUGCCAGGAUGCAAGUCACUGAGCCACUCUGCUGUUGGGUGCUGCUAACUGCCAUUGAUGGCAGGCGAUACAGGAGCCUCAAUCCUCUCAGCUUGGCAGAGUCAGCACUACACAAGUCCUCUGCCCAUCACCCCACUGCAGCCCACACUGUGGGGCUGUCAGGGUCAGGUGACUGAUCUUUUCCCAACGUCUCAACUCAAGGAUGAUGGCUUUUGCACAGGGGAGUCCGCAGCAAGGGACUGCCAGGUGAACAUCUCGCCGGCUUUCUGCAGUUGCUGCCUGGACCAAAAAUACUUCAUUAUGUCUCUGGGGGAGGCUGAACUCCUUCUCUUCUGCCGUUAGGGGCCAGCCUUUCCCAGACAGAGGAGCAGUCCUGGCACCCCCAGCAGCAGGGCUGGGUCCUGUUCCAGUUCAGGAUCCCAGCAGAGAUGCAGGUCCCCAGGGACUCCACCCUAUGCUCACCCAUAUGGAGUAGCACACGAGCUGCUGUUUUCAGUCAACCUGGCAAAGAAGUGGCCAAAAAGCCCACAGUGGGGGAGCAUGGCUCUGGUCCUGGCAAGGCAGGAGCUGGGUCCAGAGCCUUUCAGGCUGUUUCUAUGAAACUUAAGCAACUCUUUCCUGAUUGUCCUGAGGCACUGUUGCUUUAAAGUAAGAAGCAGCUUUUUCUUCUUGGGUCACAGAUCUUUCCCUCCUGUGAGGAGCUUCAAGCCAGACCCCAGCAGGUUCCUACAAGUCUGUGAGGAGCAGCAUUGUGCUGUCCACCUUCCCUGUGUGGUGGCUCUAGUCCAGCUUUUUUACUGAGUUUUUUAUUUUUUGCUGCAAAAGGAAAAAAGUAUUGGGGAAAAAUGUCACGGAGAUGCUGAAAGAGAGGCAGGGAGCAGCUUUCUGGUGUACCUCAGAAUAUAAUCUCUCAGGGUUAAAUGCUUGAGUACCCAAGACAUCUUGGGACAUGAAGAGAGGUCAUGGUGAGGACAAGAGGAAAAGAAACCGCAGUUGAGUCAGAGGAACCCUGCCCCAGUGUUCUUUCGUGCCGGGGCUGUGGGAAAAGGGUCUAUCCCGUUGGUGGUGUCAGGGCAUGAGGACUGCUUGUGCUGGGUGGAGCAGGCUUUAGUUUGCCCUCCUGGAAAUGUCCUCAGCCCCUUGUCACUUGGGAGUUACAGCAUUUGAGGCAAAGAAGCAAAAACAUUGUCAUGUCCAUGAGGGGAAGGUCCUGCAGUCCAGCCAGGCUUUUGCUGCCUGCACAGAGCAAAAGGAAGCUGAAAGCCUCUGCAGAGCCUCUUUAUGUUGAUCAGUGCUGAUGAACCAGUGUAAGCUCCUCUGGGACUUCACAGGGUCCUCAGCAAAAGUUGUCUCUGUUUGGCGGCUCUUGGAACCAGCUGCAUUCAUGCAGUGCAGAGGGAUGCUGGAACCAUUGCUGUGUGGGUCCCAGGGUAAAGGGAUUCUCCUCUUGACACGCUCAGUAUCUUUCUUGGACAUAUGCUCCUGACCCCUCUCCUCACAUGAGACAGGGAGGGAAGUGUGUGAGAGAAGUGGAAACCAUUUCUAUUCUGCUUUGAGCUUUGCUUGUGUUGUGAUGCAGACAGAGAGAACCAAAUACUUUCUAGUUUCAAAUACAGUCAGUUCUCCUUUCUGGGGAAGAAGGCAAUGCAGGUCCUGUGCUGCCCAGGGAGCUGUGCUGCCCAGGGCUCCCUCUCACCUGCCUGUGGCACUGCGUGCUCCUUUCUCUUCACAGUGGGACUUUGAAGAUGUGAUGGUGCAGUGGAGUUGGCCCAGCCCUGCUGCUCAGCCUUGCUCCGGGCCAUGCCCAGGCACCUUUGGACAACAUGCAGCCCUUCCAGGAUGUGCUGAGCACCCCAGCAAAACAAGCAGAAAGCAGCAGAAGGUGCUUCCUUGGGGCUCUCCUGGGGGAAGUGAGAAGCUCUGGGGUGUUGCUACAGGCUGCCAUGUUGUGCUGCUGAGGAUGGGUCCUGGGGUGGCCAGACCCUGUCUCGUUUGCCUGCAGCAGCAAAAGGAGCCUUUGCAGAGCUCCUGCUGAUAAGAAGGGCCUGCACUUAUGUUUCCAAAGGCCUGAGCAAGUUGGUGAGUAGUGGCAAGGCUCAGAAAUCCAGACACCAGACAAUGGAAAGGCUGGAAACAAAGGAAAGGAAAUUCUUCUGCUGUAUUGCCUUUCCUAUGGCGAUAAGAUAACCUAAAGUGAAACAAAAGUCUCUGCUGCAGAUGGUGGGGUGGGCACCUCGGCUGCUUUCUAAAGUGCAGGAGGAUGUCUGCAUCAGCUGGGACCUCCCGAGCCGGGUGGGGGUGUGUGGCUGUCCUGGGGGUGUGCAGCGGGCAGAGGCGUUCUCGGUGCUUUGCAAUGAGUCUUGGAGCAACAGGUAACCUGGCCUGCUCCUGCUCCAUUCCAUGGGACCAUCUGUGUCCUUCAUUUACACACUUGCAAGAGAAAUCGUGGAAUAGUUUGGGUUGGAGGGGACUGUAAAGACCCCUUGCAAUGAGCAGGGGCAUCUUCAAUGAGAUCAGAUUGCUCAGAGCUCUAUCCAACCCAACCUUGAUGUUUCUAGGGAUGAGGCAACUACUGCCUGUCUGGACAACCUGUUCCAGUGUUCCAGUCCCCACCCUCAUUGUAAAACAUUUCUUCCUUAUAUCUAAUCUAAAUUGACCCUCCUUCAAUUUAAAUCCAUUAUUCCUUGUCAUAUCACAAUGGGCCUUGCUAAAACUUUGUCCUCAUCUUUCUUGUAGGUGCCAUUCCAGUACUGAAAGGCAUGUCUAAGGCCUUGCCCGAGCCUUCUCCAGGCUGAACAGCCACAACUUUCUCAGGCUUUUCUCAUAGGAGAGGUGCUCCAGCCCUGUGAUCUUUAUGGCCUCCUCUUGGACCUGCCCCAACAGGUCCAUAUCUUUCCUAUGCUGGGGACCCUGGAGCUGGAUGCUGCACUGCAGGUGGGGUCUCAAAAGAGCAGUGCAGAGGGGCAGAAUCCCCUCCCUCAAUUUGCUACCCAUGAUGCUUUUGAUGGAGGCCAGGACACGCUUGGCUUUCCAUGUCACCAGUGCACACAGCCGGGUAAUGUCCAGCUUCUCAUCCACCAGCACCUCCAAGUCCUUGGCAGAGCUGCUCUCAAUCUGCUCUGUAUUGAAAUCAGGAGUUGCCUCAACCUAGGGGCAGGACCUUGCAUUCGCUUUUGUUGAACCCCAUGAAGUUCCCAUGGGCCCACAUCUCAUGCUUGUACAGGUCCCUCUGGAUGGCAUCCCAUCCUUCAAGAGUGUCAGUUGCAUCACAAAGCUCUUGGUGUCCUGCUUUAAAUCUUACUCUAAAUGUUCUGGAAGAGCUGAGAAAAAUGAGGCCACAGCAUUUGCUAGUAAUAUAUUACUCUUGGGUGUAUGAACAUCCCAAAGCUGGUCUCGGAUGUUGAAAGCACUGAUGAGCAGCUGAGGAACAGUGACAUGUUACAUGUGUUAUACAUUGUAUUUCAGAGUGGUGGGGGACAGGGACAGAGUGGUGGUCAUGUGGGCAGGGCUGGGAGCAGGAUUAGCUAUUGCCGAAGAGGAGGCUGGUUAUGGGAGUGCAGUGGUAUGUGGGAGCUGCUAGGGCAAGGGUUGCAAGGGAACCUGUGCCAUGUGUACAGUGCUCCUCCCUCCCCAAAGCACCCAGAGCCAAACAGGCCCCGAGAAGAGGUGUGAGGGACAUGGAUGGCAUCUCAGUAAAGAUGGAGAUGAGCCUCUGAAGAGGUCUCCUGUCCCAAAGAGGGGAUGCGAUGGGGUGGAUGCCAUUUGGACAGCAGAGGAAAGGAAAGGACAAUUGCCUCUGCUAUGUCUCAGAGUGCAGGGACAGGGAGGUCUGAAAUGAAGCUGGUCAGAGACAAAUUCAGAUUACAGUCUGCGGGCUCAGAGUGGGCCCACAUUAACUGUGGAAAUCAUUGUGGGCUAUUUUGGGCAGCGGGAGUGGGAUGAAUGAUGAGAGGAGUUUAGGGAGGCAGGCCAGGGCUGUCUCUGGCUCAGGAAGCCCCCGAGCUGUGACACUGGGAGUGGCAGGGUGGGCUGCAGGAGGUGAGCCUGUGCUGACCUGCUCUGCUCUGGCCCCAGAGGGGAGCCUAUGGCGUGUCCCAAGGGCUGCUUUGAAGUCCCAUCAUUGAAAAUUGAACUUCAGAAAGCAGUGGGAUAGGUGCUGUGCCCAGCGGGCAGUACCUGGCCCCUUCUUAUGGUGGUCCUGGGGUGGGAGCUGCGAAGGGGAGCCCUGAUGUUUGUUCAGGCUUUGGGAAGGGGCGUGUCAGGGACCCAGCAAAGGGAGGAGCUGCACGAGAGGAUGCACAGGCCCAUCGCACACUACUGUGGUUUGCAGCUCUUCAGCAGCUGCACUUGCUCCCUGCCCUGGGGUGCGGUGAAGGGAGAUCAGUGGCCUCAGCCCUUUCAGAUCUUGUUUUCAAUCCCCCUGGGGUGUUGCAGUAUGCUUUUGGUAUAGAAUAGUAUGCUGAAGUUUUAAUGUUGUUAAAGUGAACAUGCUUCCAAAAUGGUGUUAUAACUCUUUGUGUAAACCUUUCUUCUUCCCAAGAUCCCUCACUAUACUUUGGAAUGUCCUGAGAGAUAACUGAAAGCUUACCUAUUGGUUGUUUGUAAGGCCUCCUGAACUCCCAGUGGUCACUUUGUAAUUCCUCUAAGAGCUAUUUAAACAGUGACCAGAACAAUAAAGCUCUCUCUACCUCCUC